AGUGUUGUUCCGUUUUUUUAAAAAAAAACUAUAGUGUUGGAAAGAGUAUUACUGUAUAAGGAGGAGAGGAGAAGAGAAGAGAGGAACAAGCUGCUGAAAUCAAUUUUGACCAAGGAAGGAAAAUCCGCCAUGGUCAACGGCAAAACCAUUAGGGUUUUAUCCCGUAACCUCAUCCUCACCAAAAACCACGAUGUAUCUCUCCAAUGGCUAAUCGGAUCACCCUUCUUCCCUCAAUUCACCAUCAUCUCCACCCUCCGAUGUCUUCGCUCCUCGCCGUCCGAUCCUCUCUCUCCUGAUUUCUCCAAAGAAGCAGACGAUCUUAGGUCACUUAUAAUCAAAGGAUUUCAUGUAAUCGGAGCUCUGAUUAUCGGCAAAAAUGGCGAUUUGGUACAAAUUGCGAAGCAGGCGAUUAAUGCUGCGUGUAAAUUGAGGGAAAUUUUGUAUAAUGGAGAUGAUUUGAGAAAUUUUGAUGUAAUUGGUGGUGUUUCGGGUUCGAGCAGUGGUGAAUUGAAGUUUUUCUGUGCGAAUUUGGGGGAUUUGAAUAAUGUUGAGGAUGUAGAGAGUAUUUUGUAUGAGGAGAAACCAGAGAAUUAUAUUUGGGAGAAAGGUUGUUUGCUUAAAUGUGAACUUCCUAUCAAAUUGCCUGUUUAUGUUCCUGCAAAUAAUAACUCAGAUGCUGUGGGCAGAUGUUUGAAUGCAACUGAAGAACUUGCAACUUUGUUUAGAGAUCCCCGUCUCACAUUCAUCCUGGAAGUAUUGGACAGAUCCUCUGAUGUUUCGACUCGUUCAGUCAUUAUUCGUGGUUCAGAGUUGGACUUUCAAAUCGACAAUUCAAAAAUGGAGCUUUUCGGAGACACUGCUAAAAAGUCUGAGGGAACGUCAUUGUGCUGUUCAUACUUUUGUUCAGAUAGCAAACCAGCUGUGGGUGCUGAGAGUGCAGAUACUAUUCAAGUGACUCCCCUCAUAAAUAAAUCGAGAACGUCUCCUGAAUCUGCUGCACCCAUGGCAGAGUAUUGUCCUGCUCCAGAGGAAGCCCUAUUGAGGGUUGUGGAUUAUAAACUGGAAGUUAUAUGUUAUGCUGUCAAAAAUCUACCUCUCUCACAUGCAGUUUCAAAACUAUUGAUUCCUGCCUUAGUUGACCAGUUAACAACAAUGAAGAACAUCGUUGCACCUUCUUUUUUAGAUCAACAUCCUCAGCUACAUCCAUACCACUUUUGUCCUCCGGGAAUUUUGCACCCAAUAACAGUUUUCUAUGAACUGAGUUAUGGUGAAACGGAAUUAAAGCAAGUUGAAGCUAGGAGGGCCCUUCAUCUUCGAUUGGGUUUGCCUUCUGAUCGCCCUCUCCUACGAAUUGCCAAUGCCCUAAGAUUUGCAAAAUCCGCUGCUAACGAAGGGGUCUCUGCUAGGAAAGGCUAUUCAUUGCUGAAGGAUGUACAUGCUGGCAUUCCUAGCAGUGGAGUUUCUGGUGGCCUCGUGUCCUUGGUUCAAGGUUCUUAUGAAUAUCACCACUACCUUCAAGAUGGUUUUGAUGACUCGGGGUGGGGAUGUGCUUAUCGCUCAUUACAAACCAUAAUAUCCUGGUUUAGACUCCAGCACUAUACUUCAAUCAAUGUCCCAACUCAUAGGGAGAUACAGGAGGCACUAGUGGAGAUUGGUGAUAAAGAUCCUUCUUUCAUUGGCUCACGUGAGUGGAUAGGUGCCAUUGAGUUAAGCUUUGUGCUGGACAAACUUUUGGGUGCUACCUGCAAGGUCGUCAAUGUAAGAUCAGGAGCUGAGCUUCCUGAAAAAUGUCGAGAGUUGGCCUUGCAUUUUGAGAACCAGGGAACACCCAUCAUGAUUGGCGGUGGUGUCCUUGCGUAUACACUUCUAGGAGUUGAUUACAAUGAUGCAAGUGGUGAUUGUGCGUUCUUGAUCUUGGAUCCUCAUUACACUGGCAGUGAAGAUAUUAAGAAAAUUAUAAAUGGUGGUUGGUGUGGGUGGAAAAAAGCUGUUGAUAGCAAAGGAAAGAGUUUUUUCUUAGCUGAUAGGUUCUACAAUCUAUUACUGCCACAAAGACCGAACAUGGUUUAGCUGUCUGGCUGUGAAAAAUUCAGUUGUUGCGACUCCAGAAGAACUCUAGGGGAUGGAGAUUCCAAUACUGGCAUAGCUAACUUCCCUCCCCGGUUGUUUACAGAGCCACGACAUUUUUGGGAAAACUUUUGAGGAUUAGCAGAGGUUUCCAGGUGUGCUAGAAAGUUUUACUAGACGUGACAUCAUGUUAAGCAACUUUUGUCAUACAAAUUACUGGGUUAAUGUAUUGCCUUAAGCUUGUGUUGUUAUGUAACACCAAGGAAAAUUCCUCUUCCAGGAAAUAGAAAAAUUCACCUAGGGUAUUGAACAUAAUGCAAAAUGAUCUUCUUUUAUAUCUUUAUGUA